AAAAAUUUUAACAUGUGGCAACUGGACGCAACUGUCAUUUCAUAACGGUUGCGGAACACCUGCCGGUUUUUUUGUUUACAAUAUUCAAACGGAAAGUUAUGAAUGAAAGUUAUUCUUCCGAUUAUAAAUUCGUGAUAAAAAGUACUGAUUAUUUCGUGUAGUGUGUGUAUGUAUUGAUUUUCUUGAUGUUUACUGCGGUUUCUGGGAUUUAUCAAGGUCACAAUGGACUCCAUAGACAACAACCAGUUUGAAAUAAAACCUAUAAAAAGCAAAAGGAAGAUUGCAGCACCUUGUCCAAACACAUACUUGAAUCCGGCACUGGACAUCCUCGCCAACGAAGACCCUAUGUGCAACACAGCCAUGGAAGUCAUCCCCAUAAAGAAACGGAAAAGAACUAGGAGUUGUGGAGACAUAGCUACCUUCGACAACUCCGCUUUAGACCUAGGUGUCAACAAAGCCGUAGUUAACAAAGUAUUAGCGAGAGAAAUCGAAAAUGUACGCAAAAAUGUACAAACUGACAACUCUACUGAUGUUAGUAUGAAUUCCGAAAUUGUGCGCAAAAACAUUCAAAGUAAUGUUACUGACGUCAGCAUGGAUGUUAUUGAAACUGAACCAGUUUAUGCCAAUUUAACUGAAAUACAACAUUCCCAAAAACCUGUAGACUCAUCUAUAACAAUAAUAGAUGAAACACAGAAUAAUAUAGUUUCCAAGAUUGAUAAUAAUGAUGUUAUGGAAGUAACUAUACCGAACGAUGAUAUAGAUUCAGGCAUAUCAGUUUUGGAACAGAAGUCUUUAAGCGCAGUGAUGAAAGAUGACACUACCAUGCCGUCUCCCAUAAUAAACAUACAAACAAAUGUUACAAACCAAGUAUUUAUAAAUAACUCGAGUAAUCUUAAUCUCAGUUUCAUAGACAGACUUGGAUUGGACUCACCGAAUUUAUCAAACCAGUCUCUGUUCUACGAUGAUGAUUUAAACGAGAGCAACAUAAUGGAGAUCAAAACGAUUACAAUUAUAACUAAAAAGAAACGAAUAAACACUAAGAAUACUAAUCCUUUCUUAGAUCCGAACAUAGUAAAUGUUGUUCCGAGUUUAGAAGGGAAACAAAACCCAUUUUUGAACCUAGAUGCUAAACCAGAACUGGAAUAUAAUGAGGAAGUCCUAACUAGACCUGUAGAAGUACCAAACCAGGCUGAGAAAGUGCUAGAACCACGAAGACUCUUUGGAGAUACAAACAGUACAAUAUCAACUGUAAAUGAAUCUUUAGAGCAACACGAGUAUGAGAAUAUUGACAAUUACAGAUCAGAUAGUCCCGUAUAUGAAAAUAUUGAAGAAGUCAAUGAAUUUAACAAGCAAAGCCGGAUUUUAGGACACGAUGUCUCUCAGUUCAGUGCUAUAGACAUCAUAAAUAUAAAUAAAAACUCACACCAAGAUGUAUCUAACGAAUCUAAUGAGAGCAAGAAAUCGAAGAACCCACUUUUGAGAGUUGGUAACAGGUUAUCCAAAAGAGUCUUCAAAACACUACGAAAAACUUUUAAAGGAGAAAAAGCAGAUAAUAACAUCACAUUAAAUCCAUACGAGGUACCAAGGAAACCGCCUAAACAGAAGACAGAGACAAAAGACUCGGGUAUUGAAAACCCAGCAUUAAAUUUAGAUAAUUCAGAUGAAAUAGAGAUCGAAGAAUUAGAUGAACAUGAAUAUGAGACUGUAAAAACAUUAAGAAACACACAUUUAAAUAUGAAUAUCACUCCUUUGAAGGAAAGGAGUGAUAAUUCAGAUAUUUCACAUAAUAGAACUAAUACACCUGGAAAGAAAGUGCGAUUUGAUUCGACGCUGAAUCAAGAGAAGGUGAUCACAGGGAACAGUUUUGAUUAUGAUAUCCAGAGCCCGGGUUUUGAUGCUAAAAUAGAUAAAUAUCAUGAUGAACUAGAAAAUUGUAUUAAUGAGAGGAAAUAUUUACAACAGAAUAUGUGAAAAUAUCGAUCUGUAAAUACUAAGUACUUAGGACUAAUUAGGUCGUAGGAUAUCGUAAAUGUGUUUAUCAAUCUUGAACUGAAGAAAAAGUACCUUUUAUCAAAUAUUUUUGUUUUGAAAUUAUUAAAGUGAAGUACUUACAUGCACUAAGUUU